ACUGAAUCUUCAGGUAGGAUGGAUAAUUAUUUUAAAGCAGCAGUGAGUGACCUGGACAAACUCCUUGACGAUUUUGAACAGAACCCAGAUGAGCAAGAUUAUUUACAAGAUGAACAAACUGUAUAUGAUUCCAAUCACUGUUCAGUUUCCUCAGAGUUGGCUUCCUCACAGCUAAUUUCACUUCUACCAAAGGAUCAACAGUGCACCAAUAAUUUUGCCUCAUCAGAAACGUGUUAUGAGACAAAUCAGAUUUCCUUGAAUGAAAAAACACUUGAGGGACUAACUUGUAUACAAAAUGAAAAAAAUGUUACAGGACUUGAUCUUCUUUCUUCUGUGGAUAAUGGUACUUCAGAUGAAAUCAAGCCUUUAUAUAUGGGACGAUGUAGUAAACCUGUAUGUGAUCUGAUAAGUGACAUGGCUAAUUUAGUUCAUGCAACUAAUAGUGAAGAAGAUAGUAAAAAAUUGUUGCCAGAUGAUUUAAAGUCUAGUGUCAAUUCUUUGAUUGGGUUGGAUUUAUCUUUAGUGUCAGAUACUUUUUGUGUUUCUUCAACAGAUCAUGGUAGUGAUACUGUCACAGUGGAAAAGAAUGAUGUCAACUCUGAAUCACAAAGUAGAGAAAUCUGUGGAACCAAAGAAUUGGGUAUAAAAAUGGACACAGCACUUUCAGAUUCAUGUAAUCACAAAGAAACAGAAAAUGUGAAAGAUAAAAAGAUCUCUACUCAGUUAGAACCAAUUGAUUCUAACAUGCCAUCUGAUGUGACUCAACAGAGUUCCAAAAUGUGUAAUGCCAAAGACAACCUAGAACUUAAGAACCAGCCUUGUGAGUUAUUAAAGGAUGAUGGGUGCUCCAUGAAAGAGGAGGGAGAUGUGGCAGUCAUAGCUGCCACUAAACAUUUAAAAGGAGACAGCACAAGUGCUUUGUCUUGCAGUCUUCCAAAAACUGCUGAUGGAUUUUGUUUAAAUAAUUCUAAUUCAGGAAAUGAAAAUUUCAGAUUACCUGACUUUUCCCUCCAGGAAAAUAAGACUGCUUUAUUUAUAAAACAAUCUGUAAAAGAAAACUCAAGAAAUUCAGACAUUAAAAACAAUAGUGAUGUACUCCAAGAUUCCUCUUCUACUGUACAUGUUUCAAGUGAGGAUAUACAAGCCUCAUUGUCGUGUCUUCCAGUAUCUGGGUCUUUGAAUGAAUCGUUCAUUGAAAGUAAAGCAUAUGGUGAUUGUUUACCACAGAACGAACAGAAUGUACAAGAUGCAGUAACCAUGCCUGGAGAAAUACAGAAGAAUGUUACUCUAGGUGGAGAACCACUUAAGGAGACCAAUCUUUUGAAACAGGAAAAAUGUAAAAACCUACUUCUUCAGCCGUUAGUUGAGAAAAUAGGAGAUGGAAAGGUAGAUACUGACCGAACCAUAACCCGAGUGGAAUCUCUGACUUACCCUGAUAGCAGCAGUUCUUAUACGGCUGCAGAAUCUGCAUUGGAGCUUUCUGGUGCUCAUGCUGCAGAGCCUCCUGAUCAUUGUGAGGGUCUUACUUUUUCAGCCAAUAAUGGCAACGGGCAAGACUUAGAUUACUUCAACAUUGAUGAAGGCAUGAGAAGCAGCACACUCAUUAGUGAUGCUGAACUUGAUGCCUUUCUGACCAAACAGUAUCUUAAGACCACUACUGUAAAGUCUUCUGAAAAAAAUGUAGAUGACCCAAACUCUCAAAUGAAUCAGAUGGAUAUGAAAGGCCUAGAUGAUGGAAGUAUCAACAAUGCGUAUCUCAGUGCUGAAGCAGGCAUUGCUGUGGAAAGUCCGGGUAGUAAUUUGAUUUGUGGAACAGUUGAUAAACAGAAUACAGCAGAAAAUGGCAGCCUUCCUUUAGGGGAAAAUAGCACAAUUCCAGUUGAACAAGGGGUGUCUAACAGUAAGUCUGAGAUUGCAAAUGCAUUACCAACCUCUGAUAUUAAUAAUCAGUCUGUUCAUUUUGGUGGAGCCAGACCUAAGCAGCUGUUUAGCCUUCCACCCAGAGCAAAGAAUUCCAAGGAACUGAAUAAACCAGAUGUACCAAAUAUACCCGGAAGUGAAGCAAGUGAGACCAGUACCAUUGCCUCAAGCACGAAUACUACAGAUCCUGUUGCUGAGUCUCAGGCUAACUUCAACUCUAAUUACAUUGAUAUAGAAAGCAAUUUCGAGGUGGGAUCCAGUUUUGUAACUGCAAGCGAAGGAUCUCUACCCGAAAAACCUUGCAAAGAAGUCUCGGUUUUGGGACAGAAGCAGCCUCCUUGGGUUCCUGAUUCCGAAGCGCCAAACUGUAUGAACUGCCAAGUCAAAUUUACUUUUACAAAACGGCGACACCACUGCAGAGCAUGUGGGAAAGUUUUUUGUGGUGUCUGUUGUAAUAGAAAAUGUAAACUACAGUACCUAGAAAAGGAAGCAAGAGUAUGUGUAGUCUGCUAUGAGACUAUUAGUAAAGCUCAGGCAUUUGAAAGGAUGAUGAGUCCAACUGGUUCUACUCUUAAAUCCAAUCAUUCUGAUGACUGUGCCACUGCCCCGGCUCUCCAGGAGACCCAGACAGCCAGUAAUACUUCACCUACAGGUUUACCAACCUCAGUACUGAAGCAACCAUGUGUUGAAGGACUUUGUUCCAGAGAACAGAAGAGAGUAUGGUUUGCAGAUGGCAUAUUGCCCAAUGGUGAAGUUGCAGAUACAACAAAAUUAUCAUCUGGAAGUAAAAGAUGUCCUGAAGACUUUAGUGCUCUUUCACCUGAUAUAUCCUUGAUGGUAAAUACAGAGGAUUAUGCCCAUUCUUCUACAGUGGAACAAUCAAAUGAGAUAGAAGAUUCUACAAGAAAUGAGAUUGUUCAAAAUCCUAUUUGUCAGGAUCCAUCUAAGGAAAAACUGCCUAUAAACACAGGAAGUGAAGAGUUACCUCCUUCUGGUUCUUUUGUGCUAGAAGAUGAUGUUUUCGCAGAAAUUAAGCAACCAUCUAGUCCUGUUGGUGGUGGUGUAGUGAACAACAAUUUACCCAUUGGCAGCAGUUCAGAUUAUAAAUUAUUGUGUGGUAUUGACAAGUAUGUUUCCAAUAAGAUUAGUCUUCUACCUAAUGAUGAGGAGGACAACUUGCCACCACUUCUGGUCCCAUCUGGAGAAAUUGGAUCAGUUCCUGUAAUAGAAGACCAUCCAUCUCAUGAACAGAUUAUUUUGCUUCUUGAAGGCGAAGGAUUUCGUCCUGUUACAUUUGUCCUAAAUGCUAAUCUACUCGUGAAUGUCAAAUUAGUGUUUUAUUCCUCAGACAAAUAUUGGUACUUCUCAACCAAUGGAUUGCAUGGCUUGGGACAGGCAGAAAUUAUUAUUCUAUUAUUAUGUUUGCCAAAUGAAGAUACUUUUCCUAAGGACAUCUUCAAACUAUUUAUCACCAUAUAUAAGGAUGCUCUAAAAGGAAAAUACAUAGAAAAUUUGGACAAUAUUACCUUUACUGAGAGUUUUCUCAAUAGCAAAGAUCAUGGAGGAUUCCUGUUUAUUACACCUACUUUUCAGAAGCUUGAUGACCUCCCAUUACCAAGUAGUCCAUUUCUUUGUGGAAUUCUUAUCCAGAAGCUAGAGAUUCCCUGGGCAAAGGUUUUUCCUAUGCGUUUAAUGUUGAGAUUGGGUGCAGAAUAUAAAGCGUAUCCUGCUCCUCUAACAAGUAUCAGAGGCCGAAAACCUCUUUUUGGAGAAAUAGGACACACGAUUAUGAACUUACUUGUUGACCUUCGAAAUUACCAGUAUACCUUGCAUAAUAUAGAUCAACUAUUGAUUCAUAUGGAAAUGGGCAAAAGCUGCAUAAAAAUACCUCGGAAAAAGUAUAGUGAUGUAAUGAAAGUAAUAAAUUCUUCUAAUGAGCAUGUCAUUAGCAUUGGAGCUAGCUUUAGUACAGAAGCAGAUUCUCAUCUAGUCUGUGUACAGAAUGAUGGAGUAUAUCAAACACAGGCCAACAGUGCAACUGGCCAUCCUAGGAAAGUGACAGGUGCAAGUUUUGUGGUAUUCAAUGGAGCUCUAAAAACAUCUUUAGGAUUUCUUGCUAAGUCCAGCAUAGUUGAAGAUGGCCUUAUGGUACAAAUAACUCCAGAGACCAUGGAUGGCUUGCGACUAGCUCUACGGGAACAAAAAGACUUUAAAAUUACAUGUGGGAAAGUUGAUGCUGUAGAUUUGAGAGAAUAUGUGGAUAUCUGCUGGGUAGAUUCUGAAGAAAAAGGAAACAAAGGUGUUAUUAGUUCAGUGGAUGGAAUAUCAUUACAAGGAUUUCCAAGUGAAAAAAUCAAACUGGAAACAGAUUUUGAAACUGAUGAGAAGAUUGUAAAAUGUACUGAGGUGUUCUACUUCCUAAAGGACCAGCAGGACUUACCUAGUUCACCAACUCGUUAUCAGUUUGCAAAGGCCAUCGCCAUGGCUUGUAGUGCUGCACUGUGCCCUCAUCUGGAAACUCUCAAGAGUAAUGGGAUGAAUAAGAUUGGACUCAGGGUUUCCAUUGACACUGAUAUGGUUGAAUUUCAGGCAGGAUCUGAAGGCCGUCUUCUCCCUCAGCAUUAUCUAAAUGAUCUUGAUAGUGCUCUGAUCCCUGUGAUCCAUAGUGGGACCUCCAACUCUACUAGUUUACCAUUAGAAAUAGAAUUAGUCUUUUUCAUUAUGGAGAAUCUUUUUUAG